AUGAGUAUCCACUUUGGCCAGUUCAAGAAGUGUUAUUUGGACACGAUAACACACCACGAUAACGACGACAACCGAACAGACCGCUGUUGUGGUGGACGACCGAACGGGACCCCAUUCCUAUCAAAUUUCGGUUUCGGUUUCGCUAUAUGGCUAUGCUAUGCUAUGCUGCUUCUCCUCCCUGCAUUAGGCCCCGUCACGACAGGACAUACUUCUCUGCCUAUUGUUUUUGAGAUUAGAUGGUCAGCGGUGAGUGCAGCUUCUGUUCUUGUGCCGGUGAGAGAGCCAUCAAGUCUUAUACUAAAUGGGGAUGGGGAAUCUGCGAUCGAGAAGAAAUCAGCAUCGUGCACUCUCCUCAAGACUAGACGACCCGUGGCCACCGCCCACUCACCACUGUUACUACUCUUCAACGACUUCCAUUCAUACAACAUGCUUUCCGAUCGUACAUACAUGAUCCUCAUAUUUUUUCUUGUGUGUUGUGCUCAAACCUCAUUCCUCGUCGUGUACGCAACUUCGAAACCACUCGGACCAUGCCAGACUCCUCGCAAACCGACCCUCCUCCAUAUGUCUACUAUCUCGAGCGGGAGGAGACUUAUUUUCACGCGUUUGACAGGUAUCCAGAAUGAGAGAUCUGGUUCUAGCUGUGACUGUCGUGUCGACAUCUCGGAGGUCCGCUCGUAUGUGUCGAGAUUCUGGGUCCAGCGUCUAGUCGAAGGGCUUCCCGUCACUGUCCUCCUAGAAGGCCAUCGUAUGUGGUGAUAUUCUUGCCAUUAGCAUGGCACGAUGUGAUAUUAUUCAGUCAUUGGGGCUGAUCGGACUUUGUGACUGAGCUUGUCGCAUUGCAAUGAUAUUGAGCUGCGACAACGGCAUUGGCUCCUGAUCAGCCGGUGAAGUAGGCAAUCCUCCACGGAAGCUCUUCACACUGCCGGGUCUGCUACGUAUUAUUGGCGAGAGCAUCGGACUUGCCGGACGACUGCCUUGGCCCAGUAGUCUCGGACUUGUCAAAGCCACCUC